CAGAUUAAAAGUCAAGACCCCUAAUCCAGAUUCAGAAGUUUCUCAACAUGGAGAACCAGGACCAAAAUAAAAUGGGAGCUUCUCCUUGUGAGGCUGAGCUUCAGGAAUUAAUGGAACAAAUUGACAUCAUGGUAAGCAACAAAAAAUUGGAUUGGGAAAGGAAGAUGCGGGCUUUAGAGACACGGUUAGAUCUUCGAGAUCAAGAACUGGCAAAUGCACAAACCUGUCUGGAUCAGAAAGGUCAAGAGGUGGGAUUACUUCGACAGAAGUUGGACAGUCUGGAAAAAUGCAACUUAGCAAUGACUCAGAAUUAUGAAGGACAGCUUCAAACACUAAAAGCUCAAUUUUCCAAAUUGACAAGUAGCUUUGAGAAACUGAGACUGCACCAGAUGAAACAAAACAAAAUUCGACAAAAAGAGCUACCACACCUCAAAGAAGACAUGCCGUUGGAACUGAGCAAUUUGAAUGAAAAACUGGAGGAAUUUAGAACAAAGUCAAGAGAAUGGGACAAGCAAGAGAUACUGUAUCAGACUCAUCUGGUUUCUUUAGAUGCUCAACAAAAGUUAUUAUCUGAGAAGUGUAAUCAAUUUCAGAAACAGGCACAAAGUUACCAGACUCAACUAAAUGAUAAGAAGCAGAGCAGAGACGACCGCAGCGCUGAACUUCCUCGGCUGAUAUGUGAUGCAGAUCCCAGUUGUGAAACCAAUGAAAGCGAUGAGCUCAUUAUUGAAAAAUUAAAAUUGGCUGUGAGUGAAAUAGCAGUGAGCAGAAACAAGUUACGGGAUGAAAAUCAGAAGCUCUUACAAGAACUGAAAAUGUACCAAAGACAGUGCCAGGCUAUGGAAGCAGGACUCUCAGAAGUAAAAAGUGAGUUACAGUCACGAGAUGAUCUCUUGAGAAUUAUAGAGAUGGAACGAUUGCAGUUGCACAGAGAAUUAUUAAAAAUGGGAGAGUUCCAAAGUGCUCAAGAAAACCAAAAAAGACUUGAAGCAUCUUAUUCACCUCAUAGUAAAGAAACAGAAAGGAAAAGGAAAGAAUUGUUUUCAGUGGCUCCUGAUCAACCAAACCAUGAAAAGGAAUUGAAUAAGAUAAGGGGCCAGCUCUAUGCGGGGGACGAGUACCACAGCUCUGAGCAGGAGAGAAUGAGGGGUGAAAUCUCUGAGCUCACAGCAGAGCUUCAUCAGAAGGAGGUCACUAUAGCAGCUGUCAUGAAGAAGGCCGCCCUCCUGGAAAAGCAGUUAAAAGUGGAGUUAGAGAUCAAAGAGAAGAUGCUGGCGAAACAGCAGGUCAUAGAUAUGAAAUAUAAAGCUGUCAGAACUGAAAACACGCAUCUGAAAGGAAUGAUGGGAGAUUUAGACCCCGGACGACACAUGAAUAUGGACUUCACUAACAAGGAACAUUCAAGGAGCACAGCUAUUAACAACCUGGAAUAUGAAAACGAAAGACUCCGAAAUGAUCUUGCGAAGCUUCAUGGCAGUGGAAAGUCAGCUUGGAAUAAUCAAAGUGUGUUUGCAGAAGCAGCAAGGCACGUGUCCCAAAGCCAAGUGAAAAUGAAAGGCAAUGAAGAAAGACUGAGCCACGAUUCUGAGCCAAACAGAAGCAGGGUGUCUCCACUGGCACCACUGGUAUUUCAAAGCAAAGAGAUGGCGAGUCCUUUGGCUAGUGAUGAGGAAGUAUUCCCGUUGUCUCCCCCAGAUAUGUCCAUUCCGGCGUCCUUGGCUGCACAGCAUUUCCUUUUGGAGGAAGAGAAGCGAGCAAAAGACCUGGAAAAACUUCUCAAUACACAUAUCGAUGAGCUGCAGAGACACACAGAAUUCACUCUCAAUAAAUACACCAAGCUAAAACAAAACAGACACAUAUAG